AAAAAGAAAAAAAAAAAUUGCUGAAGAUGAGUGCGGUGCUACCACGUGUAUAUAAUAACUGUCCCGUGGUGUCCAGUACUCAGUUCAAAGUUUACCUCAAUAGUGAACAUCUAUCUUGUUCGGGAGCCAAAAAUUUAAAUUUUCUUCUAAAUCAAUCAUGUUCCGUUUCGUAUUUGUUGUUUGCGCUUUGAGCGUCGUUUUUGCUGCUCCACAAAGGGAACUCAGCGCAGAAGCUAAAGCCGAGAAGGAUGAACUCGAAAAAUUCCAAAAUGAAAACGCCCACUACUCCUUCGACUCAGCUGUCAAUGAUGAUAUCAACGAUCAAGCCCUUCAUCGUUCUGAAACUCGUGAUGGAACUAAGGUAGAAGGACAAUACUCAUACAGUGAUGGUUUUGUUCGUCGUACUGUUCAUUAUGUUGCCGAUGAAAAUGGUUACAGAAUUGUCAAGGAAGAUAUGGAAGAAAUUGGUGAAGGUCCAGUCUUCAAUCCAAAUGGACAAGCUGAUGUUUCUGGUUCACAAAUUGGACAAUACUCCAUUAAAUUGGAUCAAACUGACAAUGAAAAACAUUACAAAGAAGUCAAGUCACAAUAAGUUGACUAAAGUAAAAAAUACAAAUUUAUCUGUAUUAGACUGAAAUAUUAUUUUAGCUUGUAGCUGAAUUGUAAGAUUUAUUAUAAAAAAAACUGUUAAAUUUGAAUUACAUAUACAUAAAAAUAAACAAAGUACAGGUUUAACUGUUGAAAGUUAAU